CCCCUUUCCAUUGGGACGCGCACACACACGGAGGGCCAAGCCAGUGGGAGAGCGGGGAACCCCUGGCUCCUGCUGCAGGAACUGGUGGGGCACACACCUCCAGCGCAGGUGCUGCCGGUGCUUGCAGACCACUUGUUGUGUGUCACCUUCCUGGGGAGGUUCUACCAGAGUCUAAAGGACGACAAUGUUGAGUUCACACCCGCCAGUAUUGAAAAGGAGCUCUUAAAAUCCUGCAGAGAGGCAAAAGGCAAAGAGAACCGGUUGUGCUAUUAUAUUGGGGCUACAAGUGACGCAGCUACCAAAAUUAUUAACGAGGUGUCAAAACCCAUGAGUCACCAUAUCCCUGUGGAAAAAAUCUGCGAGAAACUGAAGAAGAAAGACAGUCAGAUCUGUGAACUAAAAUACGACAAACAGAUCGACCUGAGCACUGCCGACCUGCGCAAGCUGCGCGUCAAGGAGCUACGGCGGAUCCUCGACGACUGGGGCGAGGCGUGCAAAGGCUGCGCAGAGAAAUCCGAUUUCAUCCGCAGGAUCCACGAACUGAUGCCCAAGUACGCGCCGAGGGCGGCGGGCGCUCGCGCUGACCUCUGAGGAGGG